AUGUUAUAUCGUCUCGCUGGGCUGUGGACUCCUCCCGAACCGAUCAUUUCUUUCCCAACAUUCAUGGCCGCCGCCCCGAUCGACCGGCUCAGCGCCUUACCUGACGACAUCCUCUCUCAGAUCCUCUUUCUUCUACCGACCAAAGGCGCCGUCUCGACCAGCACCCUCGCCACAAGAUGGCGGCAUUUAUGGGCGUACGCCCCCAACCUCGAAUUCGACGAUACAUUCAGCGAUAACUUUAAAACGGUUAUGUCCCAGUGCGCAGCCCAUAACAGCGCCGUCACGCUCCGCCUGUUUGUAACGUCUCGAGUACUUUCCAAGAAAUUCAAGAAUGUCAACGCCGCCAUUGCAAGCAACUUAAAAGCUCUCCAUCUCUCUUUCGGCUAUGACGGCACAGUGAUUCUGCUUUCCGUGUUCACCUCCAAGACUCUGGUCGAUUUGAGGCUCGUGCGCUGCCGAACUGAAAUUAGAAAGAAUGGGGCCACCACGCGUCUCCCCGCCAUCAAGAGGCUUCAUCUCGAGCGCGUGGCUCUCGACGAAUCCCUCGAAAAUGUGCUCUCCGGAUGUCCACUGCUGGAGGAGUUGACUAUCAAACAAAAUUUGCCUCUUUGCGAAAUUCGAAAACAGGACGGGACCCCACUCUGUUUGCCUGCCCUCAAGAGGAUCCAUAUCGAGUGCGUGGAGCUCGGUGACGCUUUCGUAGACCUGAUUUCUGGUUGUCCGGGCCUUGAGGAGCUUACUAUUCGGAAAAAUCUACCCAUUGCCAUGAAUGUUACGGCCAUAAUGUGUUUGCCUGCCCUCAAGAGGCUCCAUCUCGAGUGCGUGGAGCUCGGUGACUCUUUUAUAAACCUGAUUUCUGGUUGUCCGGGCCUUGAGGAGCUUACUAUUUGGAAAAAUCUACCCAACGCCAUAAAUGUUACGGCCAUAAUUUGUUUGCCUGCCGUCAAGAGGCUCCAUCUCGAGUGCGUGGAGCUCGGUGACUCUUUUAUAAACCUGAUUUCUGGUUGUCCGGGCCUUGAGGAGCUUACUAUUCAGCAAAGUCUACCCAACUCCAUGCUUACUGAUCGGAAAAGUAUACCCAACUCCAUAAACGAUAAGUCCAUAAUGUGUUUGCCUAUCCUCAAGAGGCUUCGUCUCGAGCGCGUGGAGCUCUGUGGUGGCUCCCUAGAAAACCGCUGUAUUUCCUGGCCGAUGGUUAACGUGUUGGCUAUUGAAGGAAAUAUACUCUGUAACAUGUUCACUUCCGAAACCAUAGUUGAUUUGACGGUUGCUUCUAGCAAAAUUAAAAUAAGGAAGGGGGACAUAAGCUUGCCUUCCCUAAAGAGGUUUCACCUCAAGGACAUUGAGCUUGCCGGCUCCCUUAAAAAGCUUCUUUUCGGUUGUCCUGUGCUUGAGGAGUUCACUAUCGGAGGAUAUUUUCGGGAUAUUCAUCGGAACGGUGUUUGCUGUUGUAUAUCUUCUCCCACAAUUAAGAGGCUUGUGCUCACCUGCAGGACUCCUUACCCGUUGUGCUUAGAUACUCCUGCUCUUGAAUACGUCCGUUUACUCUGUUUCAGGCCUGUGAAUUUUUUGACUGGGAUUCAGGCUUCCCUGAUUGAAGCAGAUAUUGCUCUUGAAUGUGCGCAAGUACAUGUGGCCGCGCUCUCUAAUGUGAAAUACUUGACAUUCAAUACUAGUUGGGUUAGGGUUUUCCACUCAAUGACGGCUAAUUUGAACAUAAAGUUUAACAAUUUAACCAAACUCGAAGUGGUUGCUAAUAUGUCUGUGGUCGCAUAUUUCCUUAGAAAGGCCGAUUAUCUUGAAUUCCUUAUUGUUCGUGGGGUGCGUUUUGGACAUCAAGUUGGUAGAUAUCGUAAAGAGUGGAUGGAGCUCCUCCAAGUGCCUAACUGCCUAUCGACACACCUUAGAAUUGUAGAAAUUUAUGGAUUAGGCUAUACAGAGCAUGAACUUGGUAUUGUCAGAUAUAUCUUGAAGAAUGCUAAAGUCCUGGAGCGUAUGAAACUACACUUCGUUGAACGUCCGGACAAGAAAGCGUCUCGUCUGAUCGAGGAUCUAUGGCAUACAUGUGAGCUUGUCUUCGAUUGA